AUGGCAUACAACGACGACGCCGUUCUGGCAAAGCUGUCGGCGCUCAAUGAGAGCCAUGACAGUAUUGCUACUGCAGCGCAAUGGAUAAUGUUCCAUAAGAGACACGCGGAUCGCACAGUCCAGCUAUGGCUUCAACGCCUGCGAGAUUCAUCAAGCACCAAGAGGCUCAGUUUGAUUUAUCUUGCAAAUGAGGUCACCCAGCAAUCGAAGGCGCGGCACAAGGAGGACUUCCUGGUCGCCUUCUCGCCCGUUAUUGCUGAAGCCACGGCCUUAGCGUAUAAGGGCGCGCCAGCUGAGAUUCAAAACAAGUUACGAAGAGUUGUUGAUGUCUGGAAGGACCGCUUCAUCUUUGAACCGCCUAUCCAGCAGGCGAUUGAAGCGCGGAUCGAUGAACUUGACAAGGCCCGCGGAACUGCCAAGGCAAGCUUCGGUGGCCCCGGCAUCGGUAGCAGUUUAUCUGUCCCACAGGAACUCACCCCUAUAGUGACUUCAUACCAGAACGUCUCAAAGCUUAAUCUACCUACAAAGACUGCCAUCAGCACCGCCAACCAGGACUUUGAAAAGCUCACAGACCCCUCGACGCCUGUACCUUCGGCCCCAGUCUACGCUGCGCGCCUGAACGGCCUCCUGAAGAGUCUGGCCAAUGCAGAGGGCGCUGUUGCUGAAUGUGUCAAGGCUCGGAAAGAUCUCAUUGACGAGUUGGAGAAACUACUUAGCGCUAACCAAGAGGCACUGGCCAACGAUGAGAAACAGUACACCGAGCUAAUGUCACGAAAGGCUGAGACGGAAGAAAAGAGGCGUGAGGUCGAGCUUGCUAUCAUGCGCGGACUGCCAACACAUGAGGUGUCGCAAUCUCCGGGCAACGGAACAUCUGCAAGCCCAGAGCCAGAACGACCAGAGGUAGAAGCUCUUACACCGCCGGCCGUUGAAGCUUUCACUCCGCCAAUGGUGGAAGCUCUCACUCCCCCGGCUGUGGAAGCCCUCACCCCUCCGCCAGCUCACGAUGAACAGGCAGUCCCUCAACAUUCAGAAGCAGACCGUACGCAGUCAACAUCGAGCCAGGGUUUCCAGCAGACUCCCGCGUCGGGCAUUGAGAUGUUAUCAAACCUUGCUUCUCAGUACCAGUCCAUUCCAGUCUCAGCAAACGGAUCCAACAAGAGGCGCCGGCUUGGGGGGGACGAUUUCCCUGACCUUGAAGGCGAUGACGGAAUCGAUGCUGAUGUGGCAGAAAUGCUGCGAAAAGAUAGCAAUGGUACUGCUUAA